AGGAUCUGUCAUACUGAACUCUGAAAACCUGGGAAACCUCUAGAAUUGAAAUAAACAUUCAACGGUUGUCUUCAAUAAAAGUUAAAGGCAAAAAUGUCUGUCAUAGACCCUUAUCAACACAUUGUGGUGGAACACCAGUAUUCACACAUAUUCACUGUGACAGUAAGGAAAGCUACUAAUGUCACUAAAGGAGCGUUUGGCGAUAUGCUUGACACUCCUGAUCCCUAUGUGGAACUGUUCAUCCCAUCUGCCCCCGAUUGCAGAAAGAGAACGAAACAUUUCAAUAACGAUGUGAAUCCUGUGUGGAAUGAGACCUUUGAGUUCAUUUUGGACCCCAAUCAAGAGAAUGUUCUUGAGGUUACUUUGAUGGAUGCCAACUACGUUAUGGAUGAAACUCUUGGCACAUCCACAUUUCCAAUAUCAUCUCUGAAACUGGGUGAGAAGAAGGAGGUCCAGUUAACUUUUAAUGAUGUUACAGAAAUGACUUUGGAGUUGUCUCUUGAAGUAUGCUCUUCAACUGAUCUCCGGUUCAGCAUGGCUCUGUGUGAUGAAGAGAAGAAAUUUCGGCAACAGCGAAAAGAUAAUAUCAUGCACAGUAUGAAAACAUUUCUAGGAGAGGAAAACAGCAAGAACUUGACCACUUCCCGUGAUGUACCAGUGAUAGCAAUACUGGGUUCAGGAGGUGGAUUUCGUGCCAUGGUAGGGUUUGCUGGAGUGAUGAAAGCACUUUAUGAAUCAGGAGUUUUAGACUGUGCGACUUACAUUGCUGGCCUCUCAGGGUCCACGUGGUACAUGUCAACUUUGUAUUCACAUCCAGACUUUCCAGAAAAAGGACCGAAGGAGAUUAAUCAAGAAUUGAUGAACUCUGUGAGUCACAACCCACUUCUACUGCUCACUCCUCAGAAAGUCAAACGCUACAUUGAAGCACUGUGGAACAAGAAGAGCUCAGGGCAGCCUGUCACCUUCACAGAUAUCUUUGGAAUGCUAAUAGGUGAAACACUUAUCCAUAAUAGAAUGGACACCACUUUGAGCAACAUGAAAGAGAAAACUGAUAAUGCACAAUGUGCUCUCCCACUCUUUACAUGUCUCCAUGUCAAACCAGAUGUUUCAGAGCUUAUGUUUGCAGACUGGGUGGAAUUCAGUCCUUAUGAGAUUGGUAUGGCAAAAUAUGGCACUUUUAUGUCUCCUGAUUUGUUUGGAAGCAAAUUUUUUAUGGGGACAGUGGUGAAGAAGUAUAGUGAAAAUCCCUUGCAUUUCUUGAUGGGUGUCUGGGGCAGUGCAUUUUCUAUAUUGUUUAAUAGAGUACUUGGCGUCUCCAGUUCUCAAAAUAAGGGUCCCACCAUGGAAGAAGAAUUAGAAAAUAUUAGGCUAAAGCACCUUGUAAGCAAUGACAGUUCAGACAGUGAAGAUGAAUCACAGCAUCCAAAAGGAACUGAAAAUGCAGAGGCAAAUCAAGAGUAUCAGAACAGCAGCCAAGAAAGCUGGGUGCAGCGAAUGCUGAUGGCUUUGGUGGGCGAUAGUGCCCUUUUCAACACCCGUGAAGGGCGUGCUGGGAAAGUGCACAACUUCAUGCUGGGAUUGAACCUCAACAGCUGUUACCCACUCUCUCCUCUGGCAGGCCUUCUUACUCAGGAGUCUGUGGAGGAAGAUGAACUAGAUGCAGCUGUGGCAGAUCCUGAUGAAUUUGAGAGGAUAUAUGAGCCACUAGAUGUGAAGAGCAAAAAGAUUCAUAUAGUGGACAGUGGGCUUACAUUUAACCUACCAUACCCACUUAUCUUAAGACCUCAAAGAGGCGUUGAUCUCAUCAUCUCAUUUGAUUUUUCAGCGAGGCCAAGUGAUUCCAGUCCUCCUUUCAAGGAAAUCUUGCUUGCUGAAAAAUGGGCCAAAAUGAACAAGCUUCCAUUCCCCAAAAUAGACCCAAAUGUAUUUGAUCGAGAAGGCAUGAAGGAGUGCUAUGUUUUCAAGCCAAAGGAUACCUCCUCAGAGAAAGACUGCCCGACUAUAAUCCAUUUUGUUUUGGCCAACAUCAACUUCCGGAAGUACAAAGCUCCAGGUGUUCCAAGAGAAACACAGGAAGAGAAGGAUUUUGCAGACUUUGACAUUUUUGAUGAUCCAAACACACCGUUCUCUACCUUCAACUUCCAGUAUCCCAAUGAGGCUUUCAAGAGGCUUCAUGAUCUAAUGGAGUUCAACACCCUCAAUAACAUAGAUGUGAUCAAGGAAGCUAUGAUGGAAAGUAUUGAAUACAGGAAAGAGAAUCCAUCUCGCUGCUCCGUGUCUCUUAGCAGUGUUGAAGCAAGGAGAUUCUUUAAUAAGAACAAUCUUAACAACAACCACACGUAGAGGAUGUGUCAUAGAUCUCACUCCCUCAAGAAACUGCUUCUAUCUUUAUAACUUGAGUGAAAAAGACAUCAUCAGAGCACUACUGCUCCUGAAUAGGGCUGUGCAAAACUCCUGAACACAUUUUUGUGUGAAUUUUCAGGUUUCAAUAUAGUUUUGUACUAGUUUUUUUUAAACUAAAAACAUUUGAAACAUUUCAGAAUGCUGAUAUCCUUAUUUUGAAAACUAUAGAAUGAGUUUAUUUUGACUAUGGUCAUUGUGUUCAGUGCCUUUGCUUUUUCUUACAAAAUUGUAAACACUGUUUUUUCAUAGUGGGACAGUUAAUGUAAACCGGGCAUAUCUUGAAACAUAAAAUGAAUUAGAAACACAAUAGAAUAAAUCUUUAGUAACAGAGACAGUAUAUAUUCCUAGGCUCAGGCCCAGAUUCCACUCUGCUUUGGAUGAAUGAGAAGAUUUCCUCUGACUUUGGGUUGAAAAGUCUGUAAUUGCCAACUACUACUAGGCAGCAGCAGCUCCUGAGUAUAGGAAGUCACUUGGCUGCUCACUAGCUCUGCUUCAGUUGAUUUCUUGUCCUGGAAGGAAGGAGAUUUACUCACUAAUAACCAUGGGCUGUACUGACCUUACCAAAACUCCAUUGUCAGACUGUGUUCACUUUUCUUGUAUGAGUGAUGUCUCUUAAAAAAAUCCAACAAACUUUUGAGAGCAAAAGAGUCUCAAAGAAAUGAGGUUUAUACAUCUUCGAUAAGCAAGAUCCUCACCUGGUUAUUAAUGCUAGUAGAGCUUUUGUAACUGGUGCUAAGAAGGAUCUGCUCUUAAAUCUUCAAACUUGAAAAAUUCUCACAAAAAUUGAAGCCCACUUUACCACUGCUUAAUAUCAUAUAUUACACUCAGCAAAAACUCCAACCUCUCACGAUUUCUUUCCCCCUCUUUGUUCCACAAAAUUGUGUUGCUUGAAUUCUUGAAUUCUUAUAGCACCUAUGUGUUAAGUUAUUGUUAGUUCAUGGAUUUCUGAUCAAGAUUUUUAUAGGUAAAUUAAAAGUGAUCUUUGUAUUUGAUCAUGAUUAAAAGCAUCACGUUUCUGCAAAGAGACAAUGUCAGUAUUUACUGGGGAUUGAUAAAAUAUUCCUAGUCAAGAAUGUGGAGUAGUUUGUGUUUCAAGGGCUGUUUUUAAAAAUAUGGUUUUAGUAGAUUGAGUAAUGAAAUACCAUUCAUAGAUUAUUUUAGUUCCACCUAAAGAGUGUUGAGAUAACUCUGCAAAUGCAUAGAAAAAAUGCAGUCUCACCUCCAAAAACUUCCAGCCUCCUGGAAUCAUAUCAUUGACAAGUGUGUAAUGUGGGGAAGAGCAAAAAGAGCUGUCAAGGUCACUGCUGGCCUUCUACUGUGUGCCAGAUGAAGGAGCCACAUGUUUGUGGGGAGGUUGGCUGGCUUGUUUCAUUUUUGUAAAGUUUAUGGGAUUAACUCUCAGCAAAGGCAUGGAGCAGACCCGGCAGACUGCUGUUUUCAGCUGCUUAAACAGUUUAGUUUGAGGUGAGAAGUAAUGCAAAAAAAGGACUUCCAAAGGUGUUAGUGGAGGCAAGAGGGAACCCACAUCCCCAGCUGCCCUUUGGGUUGCUCCACAGCAGAUGGAGAAGAGCACUCCUUUCUCUGGGAUGAUCAUCAUGGGGAACGCAAGGCACAUUUUCAGUAGGCUGAUGUGCAGUGUUUUGGUCAGAAGGCACAUGUGUUUUCUCUUCAAGGACCGUGAGUGGAAUUUUGGCCUCGAGAUUUCUGUUGGCUUGAAUAGGGUUAAGAUUUUACCCUCUGUCUUCCUGGUAGGGCUAUCAGGAUCCCAGUGAGUGCAAAGACCACGGUGGCAGGGAAUGCCACCCAGCCCCUCGUGCUGAGGCUGGCUGAAGCGCAGCUGAGCUCAGGAUUGAUAGUUUUCUGAUAAUCUUUACAAUAACUCCUUCUGUAUCAGAGUUUGUUGCCAAUUCAGAGGCUGUUCCUUUUAUUGUGAAUUAUUGAGCUAUUUUUAAUUGCUAAAAUCUGUAAGCCCAUUGGAAGAGAAGUAAUUCUAAUGCAUUUCUUUUAACAGCCACUGCAUCAUCCCUCCUUAAAUCUACAUGCAAUGUUACAUGAUUAAUAACAUUUUCUGUAUUGAUCAAUAGGUUUUAUUUCCAUUUGAGUUAGUGCAUGUUGAAAAUCAAGAGAGAAAAUAAACUUAUCUUAGUGCUUUAAUGUAAUUUAAACUUUUUCAAUAAACGUUGGAAUACAGGAAGAAGCUGGUACUGUUAUUUUAUUGUAUUAUUUUAUUUUUAAUUUUUUCCAUUUAUUUUUUUUAUUAUUUUAUAAUGUAUACC